AAAUUUUGCUAUCCAUCUUGUUUAUACGACGUCGUUCGUAUAAACUUCUUUCAGAAAGCAGUAACCUGACUUACUCGUACUCUUUCAAUUCAAUUUUUCCAGAAUUCAAAAUUUCUUCUUCCCUCUUAUUCGUUAUUCGUUAUUCCCCAUUCUUCUUCAAUCUGAGAAAAUUAAAGAUCUUUUAAGGUUCAACAAUGGCGGAAACCCUAAGUCCAAAUCUAACUAUCCAAAAGCGGAAAACUUCAGUUUCUGUUCGUCUUCAAUCUCCUACCAGUCCUUUCUUCAUUGGUUCUAAUGACGAUAAACUUGAACGAGCUCAAGCACGUGCUGCACGCGCUGCCGCUAUUCGUCGUCGAAUUGUUGAAGAUGAUCUUCCACUUCCUUCUUCUCCUUCAAAUUCAGGCCUUGAUGGUGUUCAAAUCAUGGAGUUGUUCCGCAAUUGCAUCAAACUCGCCAGUGAAAAUAAAAUCAAUCAGAAGAAUACAUGGGAGUUGAACCUUAUAGAUCAUCUAAGUGAGAUUAUCAAUGUUGAAGAUGAAGAAGAUGUCGAGACCAACUUUCAAAAGGCAAGUUGCACACUAGAAGCUGGGGUAAAGAUUUAUGCACUGAGGGUGGAUUCCGUACAUUCUGAAGCAUAUAAGGUCCUUGGUGGAAUCAGUAGAGCUGGUCUUGAAGAACAACAAGAAACUUCAACUGGAGAGAAUGGCAGCAAUGAGCAAGAUGUAAAUCAGCCUAAAAAGGAUUCAGUGAGAAAGCUAUCACCUCUGUCAACACUGGAGUCAUCUUUUGAGGCUCUGAAUGUAAAGAAGUUUGAUGUUGCAUUUGCUGUGGAUCCUCUAUAUCAUCAAACAACUGCUCAAUUUGAUGAGGGUGGGGCAAAGGGUCUUCUUUUAAACAACCUUGGAAUUUAUGGAGGGUGCCGAGUGCUUUUUGAUUCACAAGAAGUUCCAGCAAAGUGUAUUUCUUCUAUCAAUGAUACUAGUUCUUCCAACCAAAUUGAUAUCUCUUUUGCUGGAGAAUGGAUUGAGCAGAUGGUUAUGAAUGUGAAUGAAAAGAAGGAUAUAUGUCCUACUUUUAGUGCUAUUGUGGAGCAGCUUGAUGAAUAUAGUUUGCAACAAAGGCAACUUCAAAGUUGUCAGGACUCUGUGUGUGAUGUAGAUGUAAAUGAUGACGCCCCAGUUGAAUUGAAUGGGGUCUCGGAGUUCACAAGUGUGAAUGAGGUGGAUGAUGACAAAGGCUGUGAGGUAGAUGAUGAUUCAUAUGACAAUGCUGAGGCAUUUUCAUUUGAUCAUAAUGAUGAUGCAUAUCCUGCCGAAGAUGGUUUCAACAUCAGUGAUCAACAUUUGGAAAAUAACUAUGAGGAACAAGAAACAUCUAUAUCCAGUGAACUUGAUGUAUAUGACAGAUUUGAAAAUGUUGCCUCCCUUCUGGGGAUUUCUGUAAUUGCAUCAAGUCAGAAUGCAUGGGCUGGACCUGACCAUUGGAAGUACAGAAAACCCAAGACUGUAGGAACUGAGAGUGUUGCAGCUCAAAAACCUGAGCUGGCUUCUGCAGCUCGGAAACAGAAAGCAAAAAAAUCAACUGAAGCUGAUAUCGAAUUUACUAAAGCCUUGGAUGAAGAUAUACCUGAUACUUUUGCACCCCCUAAAAAUCUUAAGUCUUUGCUUCUUCCUGCCAAUAAAGUACCUUGCUCCAACAGACUUCCAGAAGAUUGCCAUUACCAACCAGAGGAUCUUGUGAAAUUGUUCCUUCUUCCCAAUGUUAUGUGCCUUGGAAAGAGAAGAAGGAGGACAGAUAAUGGCUUUGGGCAUGAUGAGAGUGGUUUGAAUGGAGCAUUUCCCUCAUGGGACAACCAAAGCGUUUAUAGUGGCCCAGAUAAUGAUGAUUAUGCUCACAGUGACACAGAUGAACAGGAUAUACUGAUUUCUCAGCCUCGUCAGGUCAGCAAAAUUGAAGUUCAGUAUGAUAAAACUGCAAAGCAAGUUGACGUUCAUAUCCUGAAGGAGACACUUUGGGAUCACAUGCAAGAAUUUAUUCAGGCACCUGAAAUGAAAGCUCGAGAGGAUCCUGUAUCUUUUAAACAAUUAUUGGCUACCUUCCCUGAAGAUUGUGGUGCUGCAGCGGCUAAUGACAUCUCUCCUCAUCUAUGCUUUAUUUGUCUUUUGCAUUUGGCCAAUGAACACGGGUUGAGUAUCCAGGGCUGCACUAAUAUGGACGACCUCAGUAUACAUCUUCCUGUCACUUCCCAGGAUGCAGGUGAAUAUGUUUAAUCUUCAUAGUAUACUAGGCUGUACUUGAUACUGAUGGUUUUUCAUGUCAAAAUAUUCAUCCAGCACACUGUAGAAUUUGAGUCACUAAUCCCAAUGGGACAGGUUUAUUUGCUCUGUACUAUAAUUGCAGCCACAUAUUACAGUUUGUCUGCAGACCACAGUUUCGGCUUGAAACGUGCUCAAAGUUGUAUCUCAACAGUUUAAACCAAUACUGUUAGCAGCAAAUUUAUAUGAAAUGUGAAUCUGCUUAGGUAUAGUUAGAUAUUGUAAUUUUUUAAACUUGUAUUGAGAUCUACCAUAAAGCAUGUGAAUUUGUUGUAUAUCUGUAGCUGUGAUAUAUGGUGUGUUUGACAAAUGAUUUUUUGUUUA